AUGGCGCUCGAAUUUGGCCAUCGCAAGAACGCUGCCAGUAGCAGCUGGCGGGUGCAGCUGCGCCACGGAGCUAGGCAUGCAACUCGUGAAAGUGAUACUAUCUUACCGGGGGGGGGGGAGUUAUAUCUGGGACUGCUGGGAUGCUCUUACCCGCCUCGCCCCAAAUCAACCCACCGGCCUCUGGCGGCGGCGCCUCGCCGUGCCAAGAGAAAGAAGACGGAGACGCCCAAGAGCACGGAACAGGGGGGUGGAGCAAACAUCUCGCCGCUGGUACCAGCGACGAGUGCGCCUGAUUCCAGUACUCCUGGAGCCGGAGGAGACGAACCCUAUAUUGAAGAUCCGCCGUCUGGAGCCGGCGGAGAAGAAGAAGAUGGGGUGGACCGAAUCAGCGGCCUCCCGGACGCCAUUCUGGGUGAGGUCAUCUCUCUCCUCCCCACCAAGGAUGCCGCCCGCACGCGAAUCCUGGCCACCCGUUGGCGCCAUCUCUGGCGCUCCGCCCCUCUCAACCUCGACGGCAGCGACCCCCUCACCAUCGAUGUCGUCUCCCGCAUCCUCUCCGCCCACCAGGGCCCCGGUCGCCGCUUUCGCUUCCCCGCACAACGACUACAGGACCACCCCGCCACUGUGGAUGCAUGGCUCCGAUCCCCCGCCCUCGACAACCUCCAGGAGAUUGACUGCUGGAUCGGCUUAUUUGCGACGGAGGUGUUGCAACCGCCACCGCCGCCUGUGUCUAUCUUCCGGUUCUCGUCAUGCCUUUGCGUCGCCACUCUCAGCCACUGCCACCUCUCUAACGAUGUCGCCCAGGCGCUUCGGUUCCCCAAGCUCAAGAAGCUCGCACUUCAAUGGGUCAGCAUUUCAGAGGAUUCCUUGCAUAGCAUCAUUGCUGGUUCUCCCGUCCUCCAGGGCUUGCUGCUUCGCAGAAGCUUUGGCUUCCGCUGUGUCAGGAUCAACUCAGCUAGCCUUACAAGCAUUGGGGUGGAUGCUAAUGAUGGGGAUGAACCAACAGUGACGUUCUUAGUAGAAUUCAUCAUCGAGGAUGCCCCUCGCCUUAAAAGGAUUAUGUAUCUCCCAUCAUCACGAACGGGCACACAACUGCGAGUAUCAGUUAUUUCAGCACCCAAUCUGGAGACCUUGGGUUGCCUAAGUUGUUUUGACUACUACAAGCUUGCGCUGGGCUCUAUGAUUAUUGAUGUACCUCUUAAUUUCUACCUCUUUCCUACAGGUUUUGAGUUGCUUUUCAGUUUUGCAGAAAAAAACUUGAAAAAUAUGAAAAUUUAUAGAUGGGCUAACGCAUGUUUCAUGCAGCCAUACAACAUAAAGGGAUUCUGGGUCACUAACUCGACAACACCGGCAUGUACUGUCAAGAUUUUAGCAGUCUAUAUUUUCAAUCUUAGCUUGGAUGUGAUUAUUGACCUAAUGAGAUGCUUCCCAUGCUUGGAGAAGUUGUAUAUCGAGUCAUCCAAGGGGAGAGACGAGAAUUUAUGGCGCCGUAAACAUCAUAAUCUUAUCAAAUGCCUUGACAUCCGUCUCAAGACCGUUGUGUUGACUAAUUAUCGAGGUAUAAGGUCACAAGUUAACUUUGCAACAUUCUUUGUACUGAAUGCAAAGAUGCUGGAGUCAAUGACAUUUCAGUGUCGAAGUGCCAGCCGUGGUUCACCUGCAAUUGAAAAGUUAUUGCCAAUGUUUGAUGUUGCAGGUGUGGCUGGCCGUGUAUUUUGCAUCUGUUCGUCACCUGCAGCUUAUAGCAUAAACUAG